ACGGAGUCCGGCAGCGGCAGCGCGCUUGCUCGCUUAAUUUCGUUCGCCCUGAUCGAAACCAGCAGCUAACCCUUAUCAAUACUCGUGAUACGAACAAGAAAAACCCCACGACAUAGUGCCACCGUGAAGAUAAUCGUCCUCAAGGAGCAAACUGCGAUUCUUCUACCUCUUUCUCGGAGCAACUCACUCGGCACGCCAACCAACUCACUUUGCCAAAGAUCGAUUUAAUUACCAUAUUACCAUGUACUAGAAGUGACCGAAACGCUUCUCUGCUUGUGCGGCUACGCUCUGAAAGUGUGGGCAAGUGCUAACGCAACCCCAGUGUGUGGUACAAAACAGUCAAUUGAACAAACUUGAGUGAGCGUCGCUUCUCACCUGGUGCUUGCUUCUCAUCGCUCACUUCUCACACCGACCGGAAACAAAGCUUCUCCGGACCUCCCAACAACACAACCGCGCCUUUUGGGAAGCAAAAAAACGAUCGGCAAGCAACAGUGCAAGGAUACCAAAAGGACGCUUGGAUGUUUGACACGAUGAUGCAGCAAGCGGUAUCGAUUAAAGCGGAACCAGAUUGGAAUGACCUUCUGGUGCCCGAGCCGGACAACCGGCAGUACUCGCUUGAGAGCGUGAUUCGCCAGCAGCAACUGCAGCACCAACAGCAGUUGCAACAACAACAACAGCAGCAGCAGCAGCAGCAACAACAACAGCAGCAGCAACAACAACAUCAGCAGCACCAACAGCAACAAUACCAGCUACGCAAUGGCGGCGGCGGCGGAAAUGUCGUUCCGGUCGCUGUUGCCCCAUCCGCUGUGAAUAUUGCGCAAAAUUCGAACAAUCCAGCGGUUGCCGCGGUGGCAGCCGCGGCCGCUGCCGUUGCUGCCUCGGUGAACGGGGUGCAACAACCGGCCAGCCAGCAAUCGGGCGCAGUUAGCGAGGACAACGAACCACUCGACAUCAUCGAAGCCAUCGGCGACUCGGAUGACAACGAUUUUGCCGAAGCAGAAUCCUUAACGUUGCAGCAGUACAAGAAAGAUGAAAAGCUGUGCGACUACUACCGCCGGAUGCCGGUCCUGUACGACAAGAGCCAUCCGCACUACAAGUUCCAGUCGAAGAAGGAAAAGGCGUGGCGCGAGCUGAGCCGGCUGUGCGAGAUGGACGUGGAGCAGUGCAAAAAGCGCAUGACCUACUUCCGGUGUCGGUUUACGGUCGAGCGGCGCAUCAUGAAGAAUGGCGUCAACUGUAGCGAGUGGCCACUGCUCGAGAAGCUCAAGUUUCUGAACAAACACAUCAAAAUCCGGAGACCCCGGGCGCCGAACGGUGAACCGGACGACACUGACGACGAAACGAACCCGAUGAACAUCCUGCGGAAGCGCCAGCGGGAGCAGCAGGAAGACGCGAAGGACGAUCUGCACGCGUACCUGGACCUCCAGCAGAUGGCGGUGGCGGCGCAGAAUCCGCAGGCGCAGCUCCACUACCAGCAGCAGCUGAAGCUGCAGGGCCACGGUCCGUUCGGUGGCCACCACGGGGCCGGUUUCCCGCCCACCGACAUGUCCCUGCACCAUCUGCAGCCUCCGCCGCCGCACCCGCAGUCACACCGCGACCACCAGCACCCGCACCAGUCACACCAGCAGCCGGGGGCGCCGGGCGGCCCGGGCCAGCAGCCGCCGCACCACCCGCAGCAAGUGCCACACCCGAACCCCCUGGCCGGGCACCCGUUCCGGGGCGGGCUGGGCUCGGUCGGCGUGGGGCACCACCACGCGCAGCAGCAGGCCGCGCACCACCACCACGCCGCCGCCGCCGCCAUGCACGGUGCCGCCGGCGGCCACCACCACCCGGGGGGCGGCCACCAGCAGCCGACGCCGGUCGAGUCGCCGAUCCCGGCCGCCAUCUCGAACGUCGAGGCGUCGUACAGCGUGCCGAAGCGGCAGCGCACCAGCUACGACGGCGACGAGGCGUCCCUGUCGAACUUCAACCUCAACCGCACGGUCAAGUACCAGAACAAUCUCGAGCACAGCGCCCACCUGGACGAGCACGGCGCGUACGGGUUGUACGUGGGCGAGGUGCUCCGCAAGCUGCCCGAGCGGAUAUCGUCCCUUACCUCGCUGAAGAUCAUGCAGCUCCUGUACGAGGCCCAGGUGCAGUCCUUCGAGACGGCCGAUGCCGUCGCCGCGGCCACCACCAACGGGGGCACGGCCGGCAAAAAGGACAUGAGCAACGGUAGCGGUGCCGGCGGUGGGGCCGGCAGUGGCAGCGGUGGCAGCUUGCAGAACGGCGGAGGAACCGCCGCGUCGUCCGAGGGCCGCCAGUCGACGGAGAGCGCCGAGUCGAGCAAGGAAUAGGCCCCGGCCAAGACGCCGCAGCCACCACCACCGCCCGCGCCGACCGCGUCGUCGGUGUUGUGGUGGUAGCGCGCACGAAAGGCGCCGCGUCCCCCCGGAGCUACAACGGACCCCGGGCGCGACAGAAGGACAACAACUACCAUCGGUUUCCCCGUUCGUCCCGCGUGUGUGCCAUCCACCCACCAUCACACCCGCCCGCCCGCCCGCUAAUGAUGUGUUAUGUAGCUAAUUGUAGGGAUCCGGCAGUCGUUCCGGUUUCGCAUUGUUUCAAUGGACAUUUGAAUACAUUUCAAAGCGACUACUCGGCCACGCUUGGUUGGGCCCGCGCGUGGUCCAACCCGUGCGGGGGGCAAGCGGCGGGGCGAAGGCGACAGAGAGGAAAUGGCGUUUCUAGGUCCUCGGGAGGUCCUUUUAGGGGGCGCCCCAGAUGGCAGUGUAGCUGUGCUUUGCGCAUAUUUAAGCCCCAUGCAUGUUGAUUUUUAACUCCAAUAGCGAGUCCCACUAACGAUUGUAAGAUAAGAAAGCAAAGGCGAUCGUGCGGAGCGAUCGUUAAACAAUUAAAACCUUUUCUCUAACCCCCCACACACGCGCGCGCGCGCACAAAGCGCGCAUGCCCGUGGCCAACCAGCCCUGGUCGGUCCGGUGGGCAUGUGCCUGUGUGCGGUGGCCAUUGUCCGUGGGAAAGGGCGGCGCAGGCCCGGUAAAACGCGGGGUCGCAAAGAGUAACACAAAACGGAAGCAACACCCAAUCAUGUACCGUUUUCAUUUCCCUCUGUCCUAGGUUUAGAACGAAUACCUGUAUGAUGUUGAUUGAGAGCAAAUUAUAAGCAUUAUUAUGUAUCAAAAGUGUGUGUGCGAGCGAGCUAGCAACAGCGAGAGAGAGAGAGAGAGAUUGCGCGUGAAAUAGCGGGCAGAGACAGGCGGU